CAUCUCCCCUUAGCCCUCUCUCCCUUUGAGAUUCCAGGUGCUCAGACACAAGCAGUAAUGGGCAAGAUGAGAUCUUUCAAGCAAGAGUACACAUUUGAGGCACGAUCUGAAGAAUCACAAGAUGUCCUUACCAAAUAUCCCGAUCGAGUGCCCGUAGUAGUUGAAAAAUAUUCAAGGACUGACCUUCCUGAGAUGGAAAAGAAAAAAUUCCUGGUUCCGCGAGAUAUGUCUGUUGGGCAAUUCAUACACAUUUUAAGCAGUAGACUCCGACUGACUCCUGGAAAAGCUCUUUUUGUGUUUGUGAAAAAUACAUUACCUCAAACAGGGAGUCUCAUGAAUUCUGUUUAUCAAUCUUUCAAGGCGGAAGAUGGGUUUCUAUACAUGUGUUACAGUUGUGAGAAAAACUUUGGUUAAAUCAACUAGAGAGAAGUGUAUAUCAAGCAUAAACUUGGGCAGUGUACAUUGUUGUAAAAUCCAUGUGAUCCCCUUAUUCUCAAUGCAGACUGAACUUUCCGACUUGAU